AUGGAAAUCUAUAAACUUACCAAUCUACCGAAUACUCUUUACUAUAUACCAAAUUUUAUAAACAAUGAAGAAGAAGAAUAUCUAUUGUCAUGUGUAAAUAAUGUACCGCGUACUCGUUGGGUUCAAUUGCGUAAUCGUCGUUUGCAAAAUUGGGGUGGACAACCACUUGCAAAAGGAAUGAUUCAAACAGAAUCAUUACCUAAAUGGUUAGAAACAUUUACAGAACGUAUACUUAAACUUGGAAAUGAAACGGUCUAUUCUGAUAAUAGAUUUCAAUUCAAUCAUUGUCUAGUCAAUGAAUAUGAAGCAGGUCAAGGUAUUAUGCCACAUACGGAUGGACCUGUUUACCAUCCGAUUGUCACCACUAUUUCAUUACAAUCACAUACUGUUAUCGAAUUUUAUCGACCAAUCGAUAGUACUGAUAAAGAGGAUUCUACAUCGUUCUCUAGUCGAUGCGUUGCUCGAAUUCUUCUUGAACCACGUAGUUUAUUUAUUGUUAAAGAUGAUAUGUAUUCAUAUUAUAUGCAUGGUAUUGAAGAACUUCAUGAAGAUUUAAUCAAUCGAGAGAGAAUAUCAAAUUUUGAUCGAUGUAGUGAUGAAAUUAAAGAUAAAGAUGAACAACAAGUAUUAACACGUACAACACGAAUUUCAUUAACUAUACGAUUUGUAGAAAAAACAUCCAAAUUCCAGAUUGGAGCGUUACGAAAAUAA